AUCGAAGCGGGCACGGGGGUUGGUUUGGGGGAUCCUCCUCCGGACGGGUCGCUGCGGUUGGAGGUUUGUUUGGAACACUUUGCCAAGCCGGAGGAUGUUCGAGAGUACCGGGAACCGGCGCGGUUUGUUGAUGAUCGCCAACUUGUUUAUCAACUAAAAUUUCCGUAAAAAUUGCCAUGGUUUGCUGCGUUCCGGGUUGCCUUCCGGCGGACACGAGCGGCGGCCUCGUGCGGGUCGUCAAAUUUCCCACCGAGGACGAUUUGCGUCGCCGCUGGCUGCAGGCCGUCGAGAUCGGAAGUGGAACGGCGCUCGACGAUGACGACGCCGACUACCAGCUCUGCACGGGCCACUUUGAGUGGGCCGGGGACGAGCAGGAGUACCGGGAACCGACGGUGUUUGGGGGAGGGAAUGUUGCGAGCUGCAGGUUGUGCCAUCAGUUCCUGCCGGUGAGCCGGAUGGUGCCGUCGGUUGGGGGUGGGACGUUUGCCGAUAUGGCACUCGAUACGAUGGUGGCGCUGGUGCUGCGGAUCACGCUGAAGUCGACCGACUUUCUGCGGAUGGUGUGCGACGAGUGUCUGGUGAAGGUGGACCUGAUUCGUGCCCUGCAGGAACAGUUUGCGCUGCAGCAGGACUAUUACGGUGGGUACCUGGGGAAGGUCAAGCCCAAGCUGGAGAUUGAGGAGGUCGAGUGGAAGGCGGAGGUGGUUCCGGAGCAUUUUGAGGACGACUGGAAGCCGGAGUCGGAGGAGGAAGAGGGUGACGAUGAUGAGGAAGAGUCUGAGGAGGAGAGUUCUUCGGAAUCGUCGGAUUCGGAGGAUUUCGAGGAGGUUGUGGCGAAGAAGCAGAGAGGGAAGCGGAAAGCUCCGGUGAGGAGGACGAAGAAAGAGAAAAAGGUCGUGGUGAAGCGUAAGGAGGGGGAGCCUCAGAUGUCGGCACUUGUGCCGAGGACGUGCAACAUUUGCGUCAAGGUGUUUGAUAACCACGGCGAUCUGAUGCUUCAUUUGAUUGAGCAGCACGGAAGUACGGAGGGAUUUACGUGCGCCGCGUGUAACGAUGGUCACAAGUUUCCGACCAUCCAGCAGUACAACUAUCAUUUGGCCUAUCAUGACGCCUCGAAGCGACCGAACAAGUGUAGCUUCUGUCCGAUUCGGUACCGAUCGGUAGCGGCGUUGAAGCGCCAUGAAAACUCCAAGCACGGCGCGAAUCACAAGCUGAAGGGACGAAUUGCCCGGGAAUGCCAGUGUCACGAGUGUGGCAAGGUCUACACCGCCCAGUGGAAGCUCAACCAGCACAUUCGGCACAAUCAUAGAGGGGUAAUACCGCGAUCGCAUUGCAAAAUUUGUCAGAAAAACUUCGCCACUGCGCUAGCCCUUCGAACCCACAUUCUGGGCAGUCACGCCGGUCAGCGGCCAUUCCAGUGCGAAUCCUGUGACGCUAGCUACCGAACGUCAACCGAUCUCAGGCACCACGUCAAGGCCGUCCACGAGGGCAAGAACCCGUUCCGAUGUGGAUCCUGCGAUAUCAGCUUCCGCACGAAGCGCGAAUACGUCAACCAUCGACACAACGAGCAUCGCAACCGAAGAAUGUACCAUUCCUCCUGCAAGCUAUGUCCAGAAAUCCCGCAAAACAAUACCGAUCUCCUCGCGCACAUCGCCGCCUGUCACGCCGACGUCGAGUAUCCGCGCAAUCAGUGCCCGCACUGUCCGGAAACGUUCCUCACCGCCCACGGCCAGGGCCAGCACAAACGCCUUGCCCAUCCGGAGCAUCUCCCGCUCGAGUGUCAAAUCUGCCACAAAAAGUACUCCACGAAACUGUCCCUCAAAGAGCACGUGGACGUCAUCCACCUGGGCAAACCUCCCACAAUCAAGCGCAAAGGACGCCACGAGCCCCAGUCCUCGACCUGUCCAACGUGCGGCAAGCAGUUCUCCAGCAAGCAGAACCUCCAGCGGCACGAGAAGGCCGUCCACCUGGGCGAGCGUAACUUCCAGUGCGAUCUGUGCCCGAAGGCGUUCAGCACGGCCACCGUGCUGCAGAACCAUCGUCGCUGCGUGCACACCGGUGAGGCGCUGCACGAGUGCCCCGGCUGUGGCCAGCGCUUCAAGGAGAACGGCACGUUCUACCGCCACCGGGCCAAGUGCGCCCCGGAAGCGUCCACCAAGAAGGCGGCGGCGGCCAAUCGUUCGUUUGUAGUUCUACUAAAGAACUUGUUUUAUUUCAUUUGUUUCCUGUCCGUGAACGUCUGGUUCUUGCCCCACCACCGUCUUCACCUCGCGAUGCCUUGCCCUCCUGUGCCACGUGAGCGCCGUCCCGUUCACCAGCCGCACUUCCGGACACUGCGGACAGCUCACCCACGGGUACUGCUCGUCGCGGUGACUGACCGCAAUGUGCGCCUCCAGGUCUUUCUUCCUGACGGGAACCUCCGGGCAGAGCGCGCACCGAAAGCGCAACCGCAUCUUCCGAUCGUUGCUCCGAUUGUCGUGGACGCGGCGCUGAUGCGUCCGGUACUGACCUUGCGAUCGGAACGUCAGCUGGCACGGCUUGCACCGGAACGGGUCGGGACCGCCGUGGGCGGCGGCCAUGUGGAUGUUGAGGUUGGUUUUGGCGCGAUACCGUACGCCGCACUGCUCACAACCGAAGGGACGCUCGUUGAGGUGCCACAGCUUGUGCUUCAGCAGAGCCUGGUCGGACUUGACGAUCCGGUUGCACGUUGGACACUGGAGCUUGCGGGCCUCGUGCCGUGCCGCAAUGUGCUUCCGGAGGGCGCCGAUCGAGAGCAAUAUCUUGCCGCAGGUUUCGCACUGAUGGUUCUUGUGGAGACGUUCCGGAUUUCUGUAUCUAAUGGGCUUUCCGGCGUGGAGGUGGGCCACGUGCUCCCGGACCGAUCUUCGCGUGCAGUAUCGAAGCGGACAGAGCUUACACUGGAACGGUCGUUCCUUAGCGUCGUGAAACUUGAGGUGAUUGUUGAACAGGGUCACCGUUUCGAACCGUUUUCCACCGCAGUCGGUACAGCUGAACUCGGACGGAUCCCGAUGAUUCUCAACCUGGUGGGACACCAGCUCCUCGCGGGAAUUGUACUCCACCUGAACGCCCUCGUCAUCAACGACCCCCGGCACUUCCGGCUCCGGCGCGACCACCUCCAGCGGAGUCUUCAAGCUGUCCACCAUAUCCGUGGUCGCCUUCAACUCCCCAAAUUCGGCCUGAAUCUUGCGAACCACGUCGACCUUCACCAGACACCGCCGGCACACGAAACUCGUGUAGUCCCGCGGGUGGAUCCGGAUGCGGAUCGUCGGGAAGAGCAAGCCCGCCAGUAUGGUCCCAUUCAGCGUUCCACUCAACCGACACAUCCCACUCGUCGGCAUGUACCGAUGGCACAGCUUGCAGCACGUCAGGCUGACCCGUUUUUCCGGGUUCCUAGGGGUAAGAAGCAGAGUUUCUCAAUUGAGUUGGCAGAUGUCGCGCUCCCAAACUUACCGCUUGCUGGGAAAAAUGGACGGUUCCUGGUAGAAGCGCUCGUCCGGAUGGGUAAAGUGCGCCAGGCAGAUCUUCAGCGGUUCGAGCUCGUCGUCGGAGCCGAGCGCGACGCCGGUGGCCAGCGCGAUCACCCGGAACCAUCGCCUGCGGAGCAGCAGGUGGUCCGGGAAUCGCACCAGCAGCGUCUUGGCCGUGCAGGCCGGGAUGCAGCAGGACAUGCUUACUAUUCGCUUCGGUUCCACCAAAUUAACGAAUCCGAAAUGCCCUGCUGCGUGUUCCGCUGUCCGGGAGGGCCCAAGUUGGUGCGCUUCCCGGCCGUCCCGGCCCUUCGCGAGCGCUGGCUCGAAGCGAUCCGUGCCGGUACGGGGGCCCGGAUUUCGAGCGAUCAGCUCCAAGGCAAGACGCUCGAGCUGUGCGUGUCCCACUUUGCCAAGGAUCCGACCGAGUGCGGGGACGAGUACCAGGAACCGUCGCGGUUCAUCAAUCGUUCCGGCAAGCCGGUGAAGAUCGGCAGCUGCCGGCUGUGCCAUAGAUUUGGUCCGGAGCGCGAAAUGAUCUCGCUGCAGGGCAAAGUGGCCGCAGACUUCCGCAUCGACGUCAUCCUGCAACAGCAAUCGAUCCUCAAAGUCGAACUUAAUGCUUCGGACUUCCUGCAGCAAAUCUGCCAGGAGUGUCUGGUUCGGGUCGAACUGAUCAAGUCAAUUCAGCGGGAGUUCUACUACAAGAACGCCACCUUCAAAACCCUUCAGAAAAACCUAAGCUCGCUGGAGGUUGUCCGGAGCAAGGAGACUCGCCGAAAACCAUCACAACCCGUAAUCGAUUGCGACCUGCUGGACGAGGACUCGAUCGCGGGGUUCACGAUCGACAAAACGAAUCCGCUGCAGCAAAAGUGGAACGUUCCAGAACUUCAGCCAUCUCCGUCGAAGCUCAUCGUAAAGCCGAAGAAACAACCCCGCGAACCUCCGCCAAAUCAACGAACCUCCAAGUGCUACAUCUGCCGGCUGCAGUUCCACGGCCGGGAAGAUCUGAUCAACCACCUGGAGCAGAGCCACGUGGUCAAGCCCCGGUACGGCUGCUCGGAGUGCAGUUCGAAAACGGCGCGCUUCAAGGAGAUUACGGCGUACAACGUGCACCUGAGCUGGCACGACGAAGGGGAGCGGCCGCUCAAGUGUCGCACGUGCCCGCUCAGUGUAUCAUUUGAGUUUUGCUUGUUGAAAAAUAACAAUAACAAACUUUCUGCCGAAUCUGUUGACACCUGCAGCGUCUCCAGAAUGCCCUGCUGCGUCACCGGUUGCCCCGGAAGCGUCCGACUGGUUCAGUUUCCGUCCGACAGCGUACUCCGUCGACGCUGGCGCGAUGCCAUCGAAUUUGCCAUCGGAACCGGUCCGACCGUGGCCGAGGAGGAGCAAUCGCUGGAGCUGUGCGAAGACCACUUUGAGAGUGAUGCGAGUUCGGCGGAGCGCUAUCGGGAACCGACGCGGUUCAGCGAUCGAUCAGGACAUCCGGUGGAGCUCGGCAGCUGUCGGUUGUGCCACCGGUUCGAGGUCGCUUCUCGAUUGUACUCGCUGGAUGGACCGAUGGCCGAUGUGGACAUCGGAACAGUUCUGCGCGAAUCGAUUAAGGUUCAGCUUGGUGAUGACGAUUUCCUACGGUUUAUCUGUGGGGUCUGUUUGACCCAGGUCGGGAUGGUUCUGACCAUUCAGAAGUCGUUCCUCAUCAAGGGAGAUCCUGGCGUUGAAAAUCUGGACAGAACCGACCCGCUAGCGGAAGUGACCUGCUGCAGGCUGUGUCAUCGCUACGAAUCAACCAAUACGAUGUGCUUCCUGGAUGACGACCUGGCGGAUGGUGUGACCAUCGGUUCGACGCUGAACGCGAUUCUCCAGUCGGAAGACGACUUGGCGCAGCUCAUCUGUUUGAACUGCUUGGCAAAGAUCGAUUUGAUGAGAAGCGUUCAGAGCUUCUUCGUCGGUAAGGAUGAAGAGUUUCGGGGUUGGCAAAGGGAGGGUUUGGUAACGGUGGAUCUGGACUGCCAUCCAGAGCUGAUGCUUGAGGUUAAGGUGGAACCGGUUGAGAUUCAGGAAACGGCGAGGAAGGGCAGAAAGAGGAAGGCUAAAGAGAAAGAGUCAAAGUUGGUCAAAGAGAAGCCGCAGAUUGAGUGCAAAAUUUGCAACAAGAAGUUUGCGAAAAACCACAGUCUUAAUUUCCACAUGCUGAUUCACACGGGCGAACUUCCGCACAAGUGCUCUCAUUGCGAUGCAAGCUUCCGGAUGAGUACGGAGUUGAGCAAGCACGUGAUGGGAGUUCAUGAGGGUAAGACAGCGUACGAUUGUAAGCAGUGCAAUGUUCCGCUGGCAACGAAGACGGAGUACUACCGGCAUCGCAAAACGGCUCAUGCUACAGGUUACAAGAGAGUCGCCGUUUUGUACCGAUGUCUGGUCUGCGAAAAGUCCUGUAAGAGUGUUGGCGAGAUACGCAAUCACAUCGAGGCGCUUCACGCUGAGAACUAUCCGUAUCUGGAGUGUCCAGAAUGUCCAAGGUUACAGCUGACGUGCGCUGCUCACGUCAAAGUUCACGGGUACUACAAGCAUCCAGAUAACGGAACCGUUGAACGAUUCCCUUGCGAUACGUGCGGCAAAGACUUUGACAAGAAGACACUGCUGCAGAAACACGUGCGAGCUGUGCAUUCGGAACCCGGCACAAGCAAGGAAUAUGCCUGCUCACAAUGCGACAAAACGUUUCGCUUGUACUCAACGUACCACCGGCACAAGGGCACUCACACUGGAAUCAAGCGGUACGCUUGUACGAUCUGCGAGCAGACCUUUAGUCAGCCAACCAGCCUCAAGUACCACAUGCGAAACGUUCAUACCCUGGAAAAGCCGUUCCGCUGCGAAGACUGUGGAGAUUCCUUCCGUCUCAGCUCCGCCUUUAACAAGCAUCGAGACAAGUACCACUCUCCGAACGCCGUCGUCGAAGACAAGGUUGCCUGUCCGACCUGCCUCGAGGAGUUUCUCACCAAGUCACUGCUCCAGCAACACGUGCGAAGCGUCCACGAGGAGCGAAAAGAGUUCGCGUGCCUUGAGUGUGGCAAGGUUUACAAAAACUUUGCCAACCUCAACCGGCACCGGGAUUCGCACAACGAGACGCGCAAGCAUCCGUGCUCGUUUUGUGACAAAUCCUUUACGCAGCAGAUUUCCCUCAAUAAUCACAUCCGGAACCGGCACACCGGCGAAGAGCCGUUCAUGUGCGCCGAUUGCGGCGAAACCUUCAAGGAUAGCUCCGUGUUCUACAAGCAUCGUGCGAAUCAGCAUCCGAACCAGCAAGCCGGUCAAACGUUUCCGUGCGAAACGUGUGGCGAGCAGUUCGCGCAGAAACCGCUUCUGCUCAAGCAUCGUCGGAGCGCCCAUCUGAGCCAGCUCGUCUGUCCGGAGUGCGGCAAGCUGUUUAGCAGCUCGUCUACGCUGAAUCGGCACCUGGAAACGCACAGCGGCACCCGGAAGUACGGCUGCUCGUUCUGCGAGCUGUCGUUCACGCAGCAAACUUCGCUCAAGAACCACGUCCGGAAUCGGCACACCGGGGAAACUCCGUUCGGCUGCGACAAGUGCGGGGAAGCCUUCCGGGACAGUUCGAAGUUUUACAAGCACCGGGCCGAGUGCCGGGUGGAGGCGGUGGAGGUUAAGACGGAACCGGAAGAUCCGCUGGGAGAUGAUCCGUGUCCGUGAAUCUUUUCCGGAACUUAGGACAGUCAAUGAAUAAACGUAAAAUAUAAACAAAACAUUUCUCCAUCUGUUUUUAA